UUAAUUGUGAGAAACUCUCCACUGACGAAAAUCCCUUCUGCUCUUUGUGAGUUGACAAAAAUUACUGAGCUUCAUCUGGAAAGUAAUUGCAUAAAAUCUUUACCUGAUAACUGUAUAAAUAAACUCGGCACACUAAAUAGGUUAUCAUUACAAGGUAAUCAGAUUAAUAAACUUCAGAAAGGUUUAUUUGAUGGCAUGCAAAAUUUGGCCAACACUACCGUGUUGGAUCUCAGCCACAAUAAAAUAGAUCGACUGGAUUUGCAGACUUUAAUGUCACUCGACCGCAUUGAAGAGUUGUACUUGCAUUCGAACUCGCUGAGUACUCUGCCUAUGAAAUUUUUACAAAAUUCUUCUACUAACCUGCAUGUCAUUAGCUUACACGACAACCCCUGGGACUGUUCUUGUGAAAAUAAAUGGCUGAAGUCUUGGAUG